AUGAUGAGCCAAAGUUCAGAGUCUGAUGCAAAUUCGAGUCGGAUUUGGGGUCCUCUUUGCUGCAAUUGUGGUAGAUCUACCACGCUUGCAAAGUCUUGGACAAAUGAGAAUCCGGGUAGAAGAUUCUUUAAGUGUGUUGUUCAUGGUUUUGUAAAGUGGGCAGAUGAAGAAAAGCCAUACGGUUGGCAGAAGGUAAGUUUACUGGAGGCUAGAGAUGAAAUCAAGAUACUAAGAGAAUCUCUGAAGGCAAUGAAUGUGACUGGUUCCACUGCUCUCUCCCAUGAUUUAGUGAACAAACACGAAGAAGAGAAGAAGAAGCUUGAAAGUGAAGUGAUGGCUGCUAGUGAGAGGGAAAAAAUACUUAGGCAGUUUAUCUUAUUGUCUUGGGGAGGCUUCAUUGUGGUUAUUGCCAUGAUCCUUGUAAUGGGAAAGAUUUAG